UCUGGGACUGGAUAAGAACCUCUCAUCCCCGUUCUCACAAGUCACAAACACAUCGGGCAUGGGGGAGGUGAUGGAGGAAUCACCGAGCUUCAAGCUUUUUGGCGCCCUGAUCGUGAGGGAGCACAGGCGGGCCGAGGAGGAGGAUGCGGUUCAGCGACCGGCGGCGGACGAGUCGGCGAGGAGAGUGGCGGCGCUGCCGUGCCCGAGGUGCAAGAGCGAGGAGACCAAGUUCUGCUACUUCAACAACUACAACGUGAACCAGCCGCGGCACCUGUGCAAGGCCUGCCGCCGUUACUGGACCGCCGGAGGCGCCAUCCGCGACGUCCCCGCCAAGGCCACAACCCGGCCGCGAGGGGGAGUCGUCGCCAGAGCCGCCCAGGGUUGA